AAGUGCAACUAGUAUGUUGUGCCAACACAAACCCAUUCUUCCUCCUUAAUUUAAUAUCUCUCUCUCUCUCUCUUCCUCUGAGUGUUGCAGAUAUUGCAUUCUCACUGGUCUCAAAUAUGUCAUCAGCUGUGGUUGCUGGUGCCUCCUCUUCCUGCUCUGCUGCGUUCACUAGAAGCCACUCCACCAAAGCUACUCCAUUGAAUGCAGCACCAAAGCCAUACCCUGCUGCCUCACAAAUCCAGAAAACCAGUUUCCAGGGCCUUUCACUUCAGGAUGCCAAAAGGGGUUUCUCCAAUUCUUUCAUAGCUGAGAAAAAGAACACCGAUUUGACCCUUUCAAGAAGGGUUCUUGAGAUUACAGCAAGGACAGCCGGGGCUUCAAAGAGCAUAGAGGUUGAGGUUGACAAGCCUUUAGGCCUCACUUUGGGUCAAAAGUCAGGUGGUGGUGUAGUCAUCACUGGCGUAGAUAGAGGUGGUAAUGCUGCAAGAGCAGGACUUAAGGUGGGUGACCAGGUGCUCUACACCAGCAGCUUCUUUGGAGAUGAACUUUGGCCUGCAGAUAAGCUAGGAUUUACCAAAACUGCAAUACAAGCAAAGCCAGACUCUGUCUACUUUGUUGUUAGCAGAGGGGCAGAAGUAGAUGUAAAACGGCUACCAAAGCGCCCAGCUCCUCCUCGCUUCGGGAGGAAGCUAACCGAAGUUCAAAAGGCUAGAGCAACUCACAUAUGCCUCGACUGUGGUUACAUUUACACCUUACAGAAACCUUUCGAAGAGCAGCCGGAUACCUACGUAUGCCCUCAAUGCACAGCCCCAAAGAAGAGGUUUGCUCGAUACGACGUGAACACCGGAAAAGCAAUAGGUGGGGGAUUGCCUCCCAUAGGAGUCAUCGUUGGGCUGCUUGCUGGUGUUGGUGCUGUUGGAGCUUUGCUUGUUUAUGGUCUUCAAUGACACAAUCUACUCAUACAAAUUAAAUUUUAGUACACCUUAAUCUUUCCUCCCCAAAAGAAAGAACAUGUUGUAUUGCUCUUUUCCUUUCAGUAUUCAUUGUUGCUUGCUAAGAGAUUUUGAGUCAACAUGAAAUCAUCUAACUGGUCCAAAAUCCAA